ACUAAGCACGAGAUAAAUUGCUUCCAUUGAAUCCUUCCGAACACCAUAUAAGUAGCUUGACACUAGAAACUCGGCUCAGAGAUGCUAUUGCUAUAGUGAUCGAGUGAGAUGGAGGAGCCAAGCAUGGAGGAGCCGCUGCUCGUGCCACGCCCCACCGUUAGCGGCUCGGCGGCGACCGAGGCCAAGAGGCUGCUGCGGCUCGCGGGCCCGCUGGUCGUCAGCUUCAUCCUCCGGAACGCCGUCCAGAUGGUGUCCGUCAUGUUCGUCGGCCACCUCGGCGAGCUCCCCCUCGCUGGCGCUUCCCUGGCCUCGUCGCUCGCCAACGUUACCGGCUUCAGCUUCCUCUCCGGCAUGGCGGGCGCGCUCAACACGCUGUGCGGGCAGGCCUUCGGGGCGCGGCAGUACGGCCUCCUCGGAGUCUACAAGCAGCGCGCCAUGGUGGUGCUCGCGGUGGCGUGCGUCCCCAUCGCGCUCGUGUGGGCGUGCGCCGAGCGGAUCCUGCUCACCAUCGGCCAGGACCCGGACAUCGCCGCGGAGGCCGGCGCGUACGCGCGGUGGCUGAUCCCGUCGCUCGCCGCGUUCGUGCCGCUCACCUGCCUCACGAGGUUCCUGCAGGCGCAGAGCGUCGUCGUGCCCAUGAUGGCCAGCUCCGGCGUCACGGCGCUGACCCACGUCUUCGUGUGCUACGCGCUGGUGUAUAAGCUGGGCAUGGGGAGCAAAGGCGCCGCCCUGAGCGCUGCAGUCUCUUACGGUACCAACCUGACCAUUCUUGCUCUCUACGUGAGGCUCUCCUGCUCUUGCAAGAAAACAUUGACAGGGUUCUCCGGGGAGGCGUUCACUGGGCUGCGGGAGUUUGCAAAGCUCGCCGUGCCAUCGGCGAUGAUGAUAUGCCUGGAGUGGUGGUCGUUUGAACUGCUCGUGCUGCUUUCUGGGAUUUUGCCAAAUCCUAAACUGGAGACUUCAGUCCUGUCAAUAUGCAUUAAUACUGCUACUCUGCUGUACAUGGUACCACUUGGCCUUGGCAGUUCUACAAGUACACGCGUUUCCAACGAACUCGGUGCUGGGCAGCCGCACGCAGCAAUGCUAGCCGCGCGAGUUGUGGUGUGUAUGACCUUGUCGCAAGGCGUGGUGCUGGCAACGAUCAUGAUUCUUCUGCGUAGCAUUUGGGGAUAUGCAUACAGUAGCGAGAAGCAAGUAGUGGCAUACAUUGCAAGAAUGAUUCCCAUUCUUGCGGUAUCGUUCAUCGUCGAUGGCAUUAAUGGUUCUCUUUCAGGGGUAAUCACCGGAUGUGGCAAGCAGACAAUUGGCGCUCGCGUUAAUCUCGGCGCGUUUUACCUGGUUGGCAUUCCAAUGGGGGUGUUUCUUGCGUUUGUGUUCCGUCUAAAUGGAAUGGGUCUUUGGCUUGGCAUUGUGUGUGGAAGCAUCAGCAAGCUAGCGUUGCUCCUGUGGAUUACAAUGCGCACAAACUGGGAGAAUGAAGCUAUCAAGGCCAAGGAAAGGGUUCUCAGCUCGUCGGUGCAAACAAAAUGAUGGGAGUUGCUACCAUGUCACGUAAAUAUAUCAUUUGUCACAUGAAUGUGUGUCAUUUGUCAGUUCUUUAGUUGUAGAUACAUGUAUGGGGCAAGGCCAGCUGGUUUUGAUCCUCUCGAGUCUUGGAACCCUGUCACAUAUUCUGUGCCAGGAUAAGUACCGAAGAGGUAGUAACAUAGCGAUAUAUAAUCGAUCCCAAGUAUGACAAACAAAAGUAAUUGACAGCUUCUCCCACACUUUUUUGCAAAUUAAACACCAGGAAAGGGUUCUUCAUGUUAAUAUACAUGAAAUUGAGUACUUCUAAAUGCAAUGAAACUGGCCCUUGGUUAGGUGACUCCUAUUAUACUAGUGUAUUCCGGAAGAUGUUUAAGCCCACUAGCUAUCCAGAGAGCCCAGCUGCAGC